GAGAGAGGGAGAAAGAGAGAGAGGGAGAAAGGGAGUCAGAGCUCACACAAUCAGUGUGCGUGAGAGGGAGAGUGAAAUAGAGAGAGUGAAGAGGGAACGAGGGAGGAAAGGAGAGGGAGAGAAAGGAGAGGGAGAGAGUGAGGGAUAGAAAAGGGGGUUUAAAAGCAAUUUCAGUGCUGCUUCAGUCCAGUGAGGUGCAGCCGGGGCUGGAUAUUAUAUUGAGAGCUGGAAGGAGCUGGAGAAAAGAAAGAACCACCCAAGCAGAAACCGCAGGAGAUGGCGACGCCUGAGGAACGAGCUAACUACGCGCUCCAAGUUACCAGUGUGGUACCAGAAGUUGGGCAUAAAGUUCUGCGUUUUCCUCUGUAGUAGGAUAGGCAUCAUUUCCCUCCAUUCGUCUGCCAGGAAGCUUGCUCACUUUUGCAAUCGAGCCAAAGGUCCAGUAUGAGGAACGCAGGCCCGCUAAGCCAGCCAGGGAUUGUGCUGCUGCUGGUCACGUGUCCGCUGCUGAACAUUCUGCGUGGAGUUACCUGCAAGGCUGAGAGUGGACACCUUGGAGACACUGAUCCAGACAGGUGUAUGCGGCACCACUUUGUCGAGACCAUCACGCAUCCCAUCUACAAGUGCAAUUCCAAGAUGGUUCUGCUGGCUCGCUGCGAGGGUCACUGCAGCCACACGUCUCGCUCAGACCCCCUCAUCUCCUUCAGCUCCGUCCUCAAGCAGCCGUUUAAGAGCACGUGCUUCUGCUGCCGCCCGCACACCUCCAAGCUGAAGGCGGUGCGCCUGCGCUGCUCCGGCGGGACCCGAAUAACCGCUACCUACCGCUACAUCCUCGCGUGCGGCUGUGAGGAAUGCAACUGAACGGGUUCGCCGAGAGGACCCUGCCAAGACUUUAAACUGUUCCAUUUUUCUAUGUGUUUUAUUGCUGUCUAUAUUAGAGAAGCUAUUUCACGAUUCAUUAGCAGCGCCGGAGUUGGUGGACAUCAUGCCAGCAACAUAAAAUCUCAGCAUCCCAAAGAAAAGAAACAUUCAUUCAUGUGUUGCACCUGGGCCUGGUCUCCACCAGUUGAUUAGUUUCGAAUGCAUUCCAUCGCUUUUGAUCACCAAAUGUGGAAAAUUAUGGAUGCUGGCAAACCACAGCGCAAUCAUGAGAGAACCUCGGAGGUGCCGGGUCCGUUCUCCAGGCUGGAGAAGGUCCAAGGAAAGCGCGAGAGCUCUUGGGAACGGCUCGUGGGUUGAGGAGGGAGUUGCCGGGGGUGACGUCUCUGUUUCAGUUGCUGGACACUGUACCGUAGAUGCUCGGACUGUACGAGAGAAUUAUGGGCUGUGUCUUGAGAAACUGCCCUGAGAAACUUCGAAAUGUUCUGGUUAUUAUUUUUUCUUUAUUUUGCCUAGAUGUUCAACCUUCCCGUUCUGGUAAUAAAUGCUAUUAAAAAGUCAA